AUGUCUCGUUUACAGAGCUUGAUCGCGCUUUCGAUCACUUGUGCUUCGUGCUUAAACACUAAUGAUCAAACCAAUGCCGACAUCGACUAUGGCAGUUUUCAGAACCCUUCAAACUUCGUACGACCUCGGUUUCGAUACUGGAUACCUGAUGCAUCAGUCGAUCUCGAUGUAGUCGCAGACGAUUUCAAGAAGGCUAAAGAUGUGGGCAUGGGCGGCCUCGAACUGCUAGGCUACUACCUUUAUGGCAAUUACCCUUCUUUCGUGGCCGAGGGAGGCCCAGUCCCUGUUGACUGGAUCCGGUAUGGUUGGGGUACAGAGGCCUGGGUAAACCUCACAAAUGCCGCACUGCAGGCAACGAAAAGCUUGGGCAUGAUUAUGGACUUCGCUCUAGGUCCCAACCAAGGUGCUGGAGUGCCUGCUGACGUUGGCGAUGACGGAAUCAUGUGGGAUUUGAUUCCCUUCAACGUUUCUGUUCCCGUGGGCGGCACCUUUGACGACAUCAUCCCUGGCUGGGGAGCAGGCAGAUUCGUGUCCGCAUCUACCGGUCUUGUUAUGUCGACGGAAUUCGCGAAUUAUUCUGCCUCGCCUGGCUGGAGAGGGCCUAUCUACUACAACGGCUCCAGUAACAUCUUGUCUACUGCAUCACUGGAAGACGUUACAGAUCAGGUGGCCUCUGACGGGCACCUGAAGUUGACGUUCCCUGCUAGCACGGAUGGUGUGGAGUACCAAGUCUUCGCAUACUACGAGGCACAGUCGAGCUACCUAGAGCAACAGAGUCCACUCGCCCUGAACACGACCGUCUCACAGUCGCCGGUGGAAAGCUUUGUCCAAAAUGGUUCAUGGGUCGUGGACCACUUCAGCGCAAAAGGUGCCAAGCUCAUCACCAAUUUCUGGGAAACCCACUUACUCAGUGCUGAGACGAAGCAGCUAUUCAAGGAUGUUGGUAACUACGCUUGGGAAGACAGUAUGGAGAUCGGCGCCGGUGUGCUCGUUUGGUACACACCAGGGCUUCUCGAUGCUUUUUCCAAGAGCAGAGGUUACGAUCUUCGGAAGUAUCUUCCGCUGAUCUAUUCCUACAAUACCGAGCACAACGGUCCGCUUGCUUCACCGGAUCACUAUUAUACGGACGAGGGCGAUGCUGGGGAGAGCCACGUAAGCGACUAUCGGCAAACACUGACGGAGUUGAACAGGGUUUACCUGGAGGCUUUGCGAGAUUGGUCUGCCUCAACACUGGACUCACAGUUCUCUGCUCAAGUGGUCUACAAUCUUCCCAUGGAUAUGUUGUCCAAUAUCGAUGCCGUCAAUGCACCAGAGUGCGAGUCACUUGGUUUCAACCAUAUCAUUGACGCCUACCGCCAAUUCUCAGGUCCUGCGAACCUCGCUGGGAAGCGCAUCAUCAGCUCGGAGCUUGGCGCGCAGCGCGAAGAGGUCUACGAGCAGACAUUACCUGAGCUCAUCUGGGACACAAAGCGUAGCAUCGCAGGUUCAAUCAACCAGUUCGUCUAUCACGGCUAUCCCUACACCGGAAGCUACCCGAAUACCACAUGGCCAGGCUUUUCGACCUUCAGCUACCGAUUCUCAGCCAUGCAUGGCCCCCGCCAGCCAAGCUGGGAGUACUAUGACGAUUUCAUGAACUGGACUGCUAGGGUACAGUACAUAGCGCAGUCAGGCGUGCCCAAACGAGACCUGGCAUUUUACCUGAAGAAGGAAGAAUUCUACGAGCCGGAUUCGCAGUACCUGCCCGACGAUUUACAGGAGACCGGCUUCACCUACGAGUAUCUAAGCCCAGACAAUUUUGCACGUCGAGAAGCUGUUGUAGUCAACGGGACACUUGCACCUGAGCGACAAGCAUUCAAAGCGCUUGUGCUCCGAGCGAAUGACACACUCACAGUUCCUGGGGUACAGUAUUUGGUCGAAUAUGCGUACGCUGGCUUGCCAAUCAUCUUCUCUGGCGGCAUCCCACAGGAUUUGACGUACUUCAACAGCUCUGGUACGGACUUCGUCAGAACGGCUCUUGCAGACAUCGUAACGCUUGGGAAUGUGCACGUUGUGCCUUACGAGAACCUCGCAGCGUCUCUUCAGGGCUUGGGUAUAACGCCACGCACAACAGUGGCUUCUGAUCGUACUUGGUAUACCUACUGGAGAGAGGACCAGAAUACCUCAACCACGUACGUCUAUGUGUACAAUGAUGCGUGGGACAGCGAGUUUGGCGAAGGUAGUUCGACUGGAUCUAUCACCUUCGAGGAGACAGGGACACCUUCAUACUACAAUGCGUGGACUGGCGAAGUCGAGCCGAUACUUGCAUAUCAACAGAGCCAGACAAGCACAACGAUCAGCCUGUCGCUGGCAGGAAAUCAGAGCACAGUCAUCGGGUUCGAUCAUUCCCAACAGGCUUCGAAGCAUGCGGUCGCUUUCCCAGAGGAAGUCUUCGGUGCUUCUUCAGAUGCUGGGAGCAUUACUGUCAAGGCAGGCAACGCGACACAGCCGGUCCUGCUCGCCAAUGGAACUACAGUCAAGUUGCCGGUUCCUGCAGCACCUCUAACUCUUGCCAACUGGUCACUCGUCGUAGAAGCUUGGAACCCGCCAGUCAAUCUCGAAGCAGAUCAGACCAAAGCAGCGUUAUCCAACUCCACCUACAACAUCACAUCUCUCGAACCCUGGAAUGCCAUCUCCGACUCACUACGCAACACAUCAGGCCGCGGCUUCUACACAAGUACUUUCACUUGGCCGCCAGUCAACGGCACUGCGGACGGCGCCAUGCUCGAGCUCGGUCCUAUCAUCAACACUGCAAGAGCAUGGGUCAACGGGAACCAGCUCCCUCCUUUGGACCCUACAAAUGCUCGGGCAGAUAUUAGGGACUACUUACAGCAGGGGUCCAAUAAGGUCGAGAUUGUGGUGAGUACGACUCUUAGCAAUGUGCUGAGGACGAUGUGGAAGGAUAUCAGGUCGAGUGGAACAUUAUGGUUGGGGCCGGAGCCGAAGGAGCAAGAGUAUGGGCUUGUUGGUAAUGUUACUGUGGUGCCAUACAGAACCAGCAGCCGCCUCACUUCUUACUCGCUCGCACACGACCUGUGCUACUCCCUCCAAAUCAUGCCUUCAUCCGACUACAGCAACACAGUCGGCGGAGGCCUCAAAUUGAAAGGUGCCGGCGGCGUCGACAAGAAAAAGAAGAAAAAGAAGGCCAAGAAAGAAGACCCAGAAGAGCAUACCUCCAAGCAAGAUACGAAUCCAAACAACACGAACUCCGCGCAAACCGCAUUACAAAAAGCCCUAGCCGAAGAAGAAGAGGAAGACUCAGGAAAAGCAACCAGCGGAUUGCCAGGCGCGGACGUGAAAGAGUACGGCAAGACCGAAGCGCAACGCAGAUUCGAAGAGAGGCGGAAGAAGAGGCUCGAUGAACGCCUGCAGAAGGAAGGAGUCAAGACCCAUAAGGAGCGCGUGGAACAGCUGAAUAAGUACCUCUCGACUCUUUCGGAGCACAAUGAUAUGCCUCGUAUUGGACCUGGUUAA